UUCAAAGCGAAGUAAAAUAACUGUGUUUUACUGGCAACACUAAACUUGGCAACAAUCAUUGAAUACUUUAACACGUUCAACACAUAUUCAAUGUUUACUAGUCAGACUUGUUUUAUGCUGUGCAGUUUUUUGUGAUUCGGAGUAUAUAAACAUUUAUUUCGAUUCAACUGUUGAAGCAGAACUAAAAAUGUACUCAAAACACUAUAUCCGUUUGGUGGCACAACAAUUGCUGAUUGGACGAUCGAUGUCCACGGUUUCCGGAGUACCAUCGUACAGUAGAAAGGUUCGUCCGGUUAGUAAGAUGCGUGGCUGGCAGAUACACUCAUACGGGAGUCUUGAUGAAGUACAGUACAGCGAGAGUUUGAAAAUGCCUAUGCUCACGUCUCCAAACCAACUGUUGGUCAAAAUUACGGCAUCAUCCGUAAAUCCGAUUGAUGUAGCCAUGAUAAAGGGCUACGGAGCGUCAGUAUUGAACACAUUAAGAUGUUCGAGUCAAAUAGAGUUCCCCUUAACGGUGGGACGCGAUUUUUGUGGAGAAAUUGUACAGAAAGGUCUAGGUGUUUCUAGUCGAGAUUUGGACAUAGGCGACGAAGUUUGGGGUGUAGUUCCUGUGCACCAGCAGGGAUGCCAUGCUGACUAUGUAGUAGUAGAACGAUACUGCCUUUCUAAAAAACCGGAGAACCUGAGAAAAAUUGAUUCCAGUGCUGUGUUGUACGCAGGCCUUACGGCAUGGUCUGGACUUUAUAUUACUGGUCAUUUGGGAGGAGUACUAGGAGCUAUUUCACCCGUGGGAGGUGGUCGCGGCAAAAAGGUGCUUGUGUUAGGCUCAGCUGGCGGUGUGGGGACAUUGGCGGUCCAAAUUUUACUCGCAGAAGGUGUUGAAGUGUAUGCAACGUGCUCCUCUGAUGCUGUUGAGUCUAUUCAAAAUUUGGGUGUUCCAUACGUAAUCGAUUAUAACGAUCCGACACAUGUGGAGAAACUCGCGACUGCGGGAAAGUUUGACAUCAUUCUCGACUGCGCGGGAAAGGGAACAGAGUAUGCUACGGAAGUUCCUUGGAAGUUCGAACAGUACAUCACAUUUAACUCUCCUGUACUUAAAAAUAUCGACGAUCAUGGUUUCGCCACUGGAAUGUAUCAAAAUACAAUGAGUAUUGUUCGCAACAAUGUUGUCUCGGCUAAUGCUCAGAAAGGACUCGUAAAAUGGGGUUAUUUCGUUCCUGCCCCUCAAGGUGUCGCCUACCUUCAAAAACUCAUAGAAAAGGGUAAAUUGCUUCCUGUUAUCGAGAAGAUAUUUUCGUUUGAACAAGUGCUGGAAGCAUAUGCGCGCGUUGAAGCUAAACAUUUACGAGGAAAAAUUGUAAUAGACUACAACUAAGAUGUCAGCAACGAAUUUUUAUUUUCUAACUGCGUACUUAUAUAACUCACUACUUAAAGAAACGAAAUUAAAACAUUGAAUUAACAAGAGCUUACCUGAGACAAUAAAUGUGACUUCAUAUGUAUGAGUUUACCAA